CUCAGGCAAUCCACCCACCUUGGCCUCCCAAGUGCUGGGAUUACAGGUGUGAGCCACCACACCUGGCAAUCCCCACAUACAAAGGUACAUGAAAAGUAGAGUAGAACUCUGAGCACUGUUCUAAAUGCUCAUCUUCAUGUAAAUCCUAUACAGUGUGAUUUUACAUAGGAAGCAGCUGAGGCAUGGAGGGCCACCUGGGCAGUAAGUGGUGUAGGCAGAGAGAAGUGGGACUCCAACCUGUCCCAUUCCUGUCCCAUCUCCUGUCCUAUGUCUGUGCUACAGUGUGUGGCCCUUAGCAUCAGAGAUCUGGGUUCUAGUCCCAGCAUAACCGUGGAUGACUUAACCUUUCUGACUCCUCAUCUGUGACAGGAAGACAGACAUACCAACCUGCUAGGGCUCAUGUGUGAAUAAAGCUCUUAUAGUGGUGCCUGAUACAUGUUAAGUGCUGAAAGCUUUGAGCUGCUGCUGGGCAACCUAGUGUCUGUGUGGACUUUAGAGCCAGAUAAACCUGGGUUUCACUCCUGUGCACUUACAUAUGACUUUGUGACCACCAGCAAGUAAACUUAGCCUCUCUUAGUUGUACUUCGUCUGUAAAAUGAGGACAUACAAUAAUUUUUACAUCACAAGUUGUGAGGUAAAUCUUACGCAUAAGCACUUAAAGAUUUUAAGGUGAGAGACCUGCCGCAGUCUGGCUCCUAGAGAAUAAACACCAGAAGCCCUUGCAUUAGUCAGGACUCCUAGGAUUGGCAAGAGCCUGUCAUGCUGCUGAUGUCUCCAUGCUUUCUGUGCUCAGAACACCCACGAUGGGCACCCCAGCCUCUGUGGUGAGCGAGCCGCCACCCUGGCAGGCCCCGACUGAGGCCCGGGGCCGCAAGCAGGCCUCAGCCAAUAUCUUCCAGGACGCCGAGCUGCUGCAGAUCCAAGGCUUGUUUCAGCGUAGUGGGGACCAGCUGGCUGAGGAACGCGCACAGAUCAUCUGGGAGUGUGCAGGAGACCACCGUGUGGCAGAGGCCCUGAAGAGGCUGCGCAGGAAGAGGCCCCCACGGCAGAAACCCCUGGGCCGUUCACUACACCACUGCAGCCGGCUCAGAAUCCCGGAGUCCCCCUCUGCAUUGGGCGACCCACAGAGUAGUGCCACGGAGACAGCUUCCAGUGAGCAGUAUCUGCAUACCCGGAGGACAAGUGCUAGGAUCCGCCGGAACUGGAGGAAGCCAGGCCCCACAAACUACCUCCACCAAAUCAGACACUGAUCCAGGGAGAAGGCCAGAAAUCAAAGGCACUUUCACCAAAAGGCCUGGGGAAGUGAAGGCGGAAGAGACUUAAGGCAGGCAUCCUCACGUGGGUAUAUAAAAAGGAGAGACCACCGCCACUGGCUUGCUCAGUUUGGAACAGCACUGGAGGCUUCCACCAGGCUGUUAUAUGGGACUCAUUCAUCAACAGAAUGAAUAACAGCGUCUGUUCCUGCCUCAGCCUUUCCCAAUGCAACACUAUACCUGGGCUGCAUGAAAUUCCCCCAGGAGUCAAGUGCCGAGCGCUCGGACACAGCACCUCACCACUGCUGCUACUGCUCUGCUGCUACUACUGUAACCCAUGGUCCCACAGCUGGUCCCAUGCCCCCACACCAUCAAGCCAGCACAGGGAAACUGUAGUGUUUAAGUGGCAAAUAAAAGCAAUUGCAUCAA